AUGACUUUGUAUCACUGUGGUGGACUUUUGGUGGAGGAACCAGACUGGAUGUUGGAAGUAAGUCAAAUAUAAAGUCUUUUUCUUUUGAGUCAGUCAUUAUUGUUUCUGAUUUCUCCUUUUGAAAGACUGAAGGACAAAUAUUCGGGUUUCUUUUUCUUUUUGCAUGUUUUAGAGCGAGUGAAACUUGAGGGAUCCAGGUGUCAGUUAGAAACUAAAACUGUAUAAAAACUCCAAUUAAAUCUGAGUCCAUGAAAUAAUGAAGUGUUUCUAAUGUUGGUAUUCAGUUGGAUCUUGAGGGCUGGUAGGUUUAGUUCAGUCAGAGUCAGAGAGCCGUGUCUCUCUACAGUCAGAGGUUUUUGUACGGCGCCUCAAUGACUUUGUAUCACUGUGGUGGACUUUUGGUGGAGGAACCAGACUGGAUGUUGGAAGUAAGUUUCUAUUUUAAUGUCAAAUCUUUCAGUUCAACAUAGUGUAUAAAUUCUUAUUUGAAACAGAACUUUUUCUGUUGAAUUUGGACAUUUUGAUUUGAUCUUUUUUUAUUGAUCACUGUUGUUUCUUCACACGGAGGUUCAUUCAGGACAGUUACACUGAACAGUUUUUCACACAGUCUGGUCAUAAAAUGUCAAAAUUCUGACCGACUUGAAUGUUGAAUUUUAUUUUUACUAAAAUUUUUCACUUUUUUGAAAUUCAUUUAAACUCAUUUUCUAAAACUGCAUUUUGAACUCUUGAUGAUAUUGAUCUGAUUUGGACGUUUGAAGAUUUCCAACCCAGUGUCGACAUAAAAACCAUGAAGGAAAAAGAAGAACAUCUCUGAUCUCUUGAUGUCUUUUUAAAUGAGACUCUUUUGAACUCGACUGGUGAGGAUUUCAACUCACAUGAUGAACAUUAGAUCGUCUUAUUGAUCAAUCGAUUGAUUGAUUGAUGAGUAUUGAUAUGUAUUUCCUCAGAAUAGUCAAAAGUGUAAUGUUUGAAUGGUCUGAUAGUGUUUGUGUUAUUUCAGUGAUUUUCAGUGGGGUUAGUCAGUGUGUGAGUGUCUCUGUGCUGAUGUGCAUGAGAGGUUUCUUAAAGGGAAGUGAAAGUCCAUGAAGAAGAAAAUCAACGUUCAACAUGAAAGCUGUCCCAGUGUCUGCUGUUUGAUUGACAGCUGUGUGCUCCCUGUCCUCUAAGCUGAUUGGUGUCUCCUAGGUGAUUCCCCUCCCAAACUGACGGUGCUGCCCCCCUCCAAAGACGAGCUGGAGCAGCAGCAGCAGCAGGGCAAGGCCACGCUCAUGUGCCUGGCCAACAAGGGCUUCCCCUCAGACUGGACUCUGGUCUGGAAGGUGGACGGCAGCAGCAGCAGCAGCUGGGAGGAGAGCAGGAGCCCUGCGGUGCUGGAGAAGGACGGUAAAUACACCUGGAGCAGCACCCUGAGGCUCCCUGCAGACCAGUGGGACAAGGUGGUCUCUGUGACCUGUGAGGCCACCCAGGGCUCCCAGAAUCCGGUCUCUUAUACCCUGAGGAGAGACGAGUGUUCCCAGUAG